AACCUUGAAAAUGUGGAUAAAAGCAGCAAUAAUGCAUUAGCGAAAGCUCAUUUUUAUGCAAAUGCUUUUGGAAAUUUCGUUCAGCCUGUGUAAAAAGUCACAGGAAAUUCAAAUGGGAGAGGGGACCAGCGGAGCGGAUUUUUCCAAGCAUGGCUUCCCAGGAUGGCGUGCCGUUCAUCGUGUAUAUCCCUUUUAUUUUAUGCAUACUGAGCAUCUUGUUUCUUCUCAGUCUUCGCCGUCGUCAGCAACAGCUUUCAAUUGAAACCGAUGUCUGGCUGAACAAUGACGAGGUUAACGAGGACUUGACGCUGCAUGAAGUACCUGCGAAUGAAGACAGUGCUGACGAAAUGGGUGAUCAACCGGUCGAUCCCGAAGAAGGAUCAUCAACCGCGGUACGAAUAAAAAAAGUGGGUAAAAAGAGAGGCAAGAAACUGCAACGAAAGGAGCAUAUGCGUCAAUACCAUGAGUAUAUGUUGCAACAGCGUGAUGCAAGGCGAGCCCAGGAAGAAGCGAUGGCGGAGCAGUUUCAACGACGAAAAGCUGAAGAGGCUAUUCGACUCGCGGAUGAAAUUGAGCGUCGGAGGAAGGAAAUGGAGAAAAAGUUGAAAAAUGAGGAAAAAGAACGACAGAAACAGCAAAAAGCCGAAGCAAAACUAUCCAAGGCGAAGCAAGCGAAAUACGAAAAAUACCAUGCACGUGUAGCGAACAUUGUGAAGCGAGAAAAAGUAUGCACAUCCGAAUAUUUAGCAAAUGAAAUCCGUAUAGACGAAAAGGAUGUGCAAGCUAUUUUGGAACAACUGUGUGCUACGGAUCUGGAUUUUGAAUUAUCAUUAUGGAAUGGGACUACGUUCUUUUUUGUUACAAGGAAUGACUACGAAGGAUUGGAUACAGUUUUAGCGAAUUCAGGAAAGAUAAGGAUCGACGAUGUUCUCGAGCACGGUUUAUCAUUCCCAGGCACAUCCACAAAUAGAGAAGUUUAAAACGAUCUACAGCUGGAGCCUUGUAAUCAUAUCACGCAACUCUUUCAUUACUUCCAGAUCCUUGCUGGCCGAAGCCUGAUUUGGCGUAUCGUCCAAAGCAACUGAUGAUAAUUUGGAAGUAAGAUCAUCCAGGUCGCGAGAUGUACUUUGAAUGCUGGAGGACGGUUCUAUACUGGAUGAACUGGAGGCUUCGUUACUGACAAAGUGCUUCAAUAACCGAAUGAUCUGCAAAAUAGUAAUACAAUUAAUUACCAAUGAAUUAAUCAUGAGAAAACGGGGAAAUGAGUCUGUAAGAGUUCUCAUUUCGUAUUCGUUUUGUUGC